AUGGAGACAUCUGAUUUUGUCCAGAACAAAUUAAUUGAGUGGGGCUUCAGUGAGUUUGUGCAGAAAUUUGAAGAUGAAGGUAUUGACAAGGAGACUUUCCUAAGUCUUGGAGAUUCAGCAGGGAUCAAUGCCUUGAUUCCUAAAGUUGGACCAAGAGUAAAAUUCAAAAAGAGACUCAAAGAAUACUUACAGUGGAAUUCCAUGGAGACGUGUGAUUUUGUCCGGGAUAAAUUAACUGAAUGGAAUCUCAGUGAGCUGAUUCAGAGAUUUGAAGAUGAAGGCAUUGACAAGGACACUUUCCUAUGUCUUGAGGAGUCAGGCACCUUGAAUGACUUGAUUCCUAAAACUGGACCAAGAGUAAAAUUCAGAAAGAGACUCAAAGAAUACUUAGAGGACCCAACUAUUUUUCCAUGGCACUUUGAGUCUACUUCAACAUCUGACACAGAUCGUGACAAUGAAAUGAGUGGAGAGCCAAUGCCCAACAGUACCUCGAGCACAGGCCUACUUGCUGUGAUUCUCUUCAUUUUGCGUCACCAUCUAACUACAGCAGUGGCUGACUUAAUGGCUCUACUGAAUUUUCUCUGCCCUAACCUGGCUGUUGCAUCUAAGUAUCCGUCUGAUAAGACUCCUGUCUUGUCUAUUGUAUUUUACUGCCCUCGCUGUCAAAACUACAUGGGAAAAAAUCCUGAUGAUACUUCUUGUUUGAAAUGUGGUACAAUGUUCAACAAAAAAAGCAGCACUAAAAAUGGAGACUUCUUUUUGUUUGCAUCACUGAAAGACCUUCUGAAAAACAUACUCAAGAACCAUGGCACUGAGUUGUUACCAAAAACAGUCAACCAGGGGGAUGGCAUUAAAGAUGUGAUGGAUGGGAGGAUGUACCAGAAUCUGCUUAAACAAGGAACAUUGGCUGCUGAUGACCUUACACUGUCAUGGAAUUGUGAUGGCGUACCAAUAUAUAACUCAGACACAUACUCGCUUUGGCCCCUUCAGUUUACUAUCAAUGAAUUUCCUUACACACAAAGAAAAGAAAAUGUGAUAGUUGCAGGACUUUGGUUUGGCAAAGGAAAUCCUGAGAUGAACACAUUUCUAAAGCCUUUUGUUGAUGAAUGUUCUGACUUAGCCCAAAAUCCCUUCCAGUGGAGCGACAGCAAUGAUACAGUUCACUUCUCAAAAGUCUUCUCCUUGGUUUGCUCCUCUGAUGCCGUUGCGAGGCCACUCCUCCGGAAUUGCAAACGAUUCAACGGUGAAUAUGGUUGUGACUGGUGCUUGCACCCUGGCAUGAUGGUCAAAAAAGGCAGUGGGUCCAUGAGGUCCUACCCAUAUGAUGAAGAGAAACAAGAGGCAAGGUCAGACAAAAUGUUUAAAGAUAAUGCAAUGCAGGCUGGAGAAUCUGACCCAAAAAAUGGGGUAAAAGGCUUUUCCUUGCUUUCCAAACUUCCCUUGUUUGACAUUGUUUUUGGAUUUGUUCCUGAGUACUUGCAUUCGGUUCUGCUUGGUGUGUCCAAGCAACUUGUGUUCCUGUGGUUGGACCCAGUCAACUCGAUGAAACCCUGGUAUGUAGGUCAACAGAUUGCACAAAUUGACUCCCGACUUCUCAGUCUAAAAUCAGCAUUGGGUAAAAAAAACAGAUCUCCGCGUCCACUGAAGUGUAGGGACACAUGGAAAGCAUCAGAGUGGCGAGCGUUCCUUUUAUUUUAUGCGAUUAGUGUCCUGCCAGGUAUCCUGCAGCCUACAUUUCUGGAACAUUAUUUUUAUUUGUCUUUCAGCGUUCACAUUCUCCUACAAGAAUCAAUAUCUCAACAUGACCUUCAGGUGGCCCAUGAAUCUUUGGUACGCUUUGUAAAAGACAUGAAGGUCCUUUACGGUGAGGAAAAUGUGUCUUUCAACUGCCAUCAGUUAAUCCACCUCAGAGAAAGUGUGAUGAACUGGGGGCCGCUCUGGGCAACAUCAGCAUUUAGUUUUGAGAGAAACAAUGGAUAUUUGAGGGAAGUGCUCAAUGGCAUAGGUAAUGACCCUCAACAAAUUUGCCAGGGGUUUCUCUUUUGGCAGCUCAUACCCAGACACCUUAGUUCUUUAGUUUUUAGCCGACAAUCAGAUUUUGGUGAGUUAUUAGCCAAGCUCACACCUGUAAAAGAUGGCAAUGGCUCUGACAAACCGCUUGGAAAAUCACGCCAUCUGGAUCUCACAGGAUCCAUAAAACUACCAAUAGAAGAGCUCUUAAAACGGCCAGUUCUUGUCAGAUCGGUAGAAGCUUAUGACAGCUACAGUAAUGGACACACUGUUUAUCAAUCGACAAACGGUAACCAGUCAGACAAGACGGACUGUGUUAUUAAACUCAAGAACGGCUGCUAUGGAGAAAUACGCUUGAUUUUGCUUAUUAAAGAGAACUGUGUGUGCACAUCCAACUGUCUGUGCCAGGCUCGUCCAAUCAUUGUGGUCCACCUGUAUGACAUCAAACCUGAUACUAUAUUCAGCGACAUGCAUCCUAACAAUGCAUCUAAGACUAUUUUUGUGAGAGUCGAAAGGACAGGUCAGCAGAAAGCUUUCUUCUUAGAGGACAUCAGGUGUAAAUGUGAGUAUGUGGAUGGUUGGCUUGUGCCUGUACCAAACACUUAUGAGAGAUACUAG